CCAGCCCCUCUCUCUCUCUCACAAACUUCAUGGUUUUCUUUUUCUCUCAACUUCUCUCUUCGAUUUCAUCAACUUGAAGUGAGAUUUUGGAAAAUGUCAAGUAUGAAAGUUGUUCUACGCGGCAAGAGCUUUCUACCCAUCCAAAAAAAAUGAUCAUCGGACCACUUUGGAGUUUCCUAGAUUUUCGGGAUGCUUGAUUGAGCUGAUGCAGACUUUGAUUGCUUGGGUGUACAUGGAUCAGCAUGAAAGACAAAGGACAAAACAGUAAAAAAAAUAUGGUGGAUUUUUCCUGAACCGAGCGUGCUAUUUUCAUCCCGUGGACAAGAAAAUGGUGGUAAAAAACAAUGGGGAAGAAGAUCAGGAACAAAUCAAGCCUGAAUAUGAUCGGAAAAGUGAAUUAAAGGCUUUCGAUGACACAAAAACCGGUGUAAAAGGUCUCAUAGAUGCAGGGGUGACGAAAAUCCCUCGCAUAUUCAUCCAUGACAAAAGCAAGCUUAAUGACAUAUCGACGACAAGCUCUGUUGCCUCCUUGUUUAGUGUUCCUAUCAUUGAUUUCAAAGGCGUAGACCAAGGUUCAGCUCAACGGGCUGGAAUCAUCAAAAAAGUUAGAGAUGCCUGUGAGAAGCUUGGAUUUUUUCAGGUAGUGAAUCACGGAAUUGCCAAGUACCUUAUGGAUGAUGUGACCGACGGGGUUCGGAGGUUUCAUGAACAAGAUACUGAGGUGAAGAAGGGAUUUUAUUCCCGUGAUGUAACGAGGAAGUUCAAAUACUUUAGCAAUUUUGAUCUGUAUACAGGGCCGGCUACUAACUGGAGGGACACCAUUUCUUGUAUUAUGGCUCCUCAGCCUCCUGAUCCUCAAGAACUGCCUGCAGUAUGCAGAGAUAUAAUGAUAGAGUAUUCGAAGCACGUGAUGAGAUUAGGACUCGUGCUCUUUGAAUUACUCUCUGAAGCCUUGGGCCUUAACCCAAAUCACCUAAAAGACAUGGAUUGCGCCGAGGGGCUUUAUGUUCUGGGCCAUUACUACCCGGCAUGCCCUGAACCAGACUUGACUUUGGGUACCAGCAGCCAUGCGGACGAUGGCUUCUUUACCGUACUUCUACAACACCAAAUGGGCGGCCUCCAAAUCCUCCAUGAGAAUGAAUGGGUUGAUGUGCCUCCUCUGCCUGGUGCUUUAGUAGUAAACAUUGCUGAUCUACUGCAGCUCAUCACAAACGAUAGGUUCAAAAGCGUCAACCACAGAGUGCUAGCGAAAAAAGUUGGUCCCAGAAUUUCGGUGGCGAGUUUUUUCAGGACCCAUCUUCGUGAUGGGGUUACAACGAGAGUGUAUGGUCCAGUUGAAGAACUACUAUCGGAAGAAAAUCCCCCGGUGUACAGGGGGACGACCAUUAAAGAGUAUGUAACACACUACCAUAAGAAAGGGCUUGAUGGAACCUCUUCACUGUCUCAUUUCAAGUUGUGUAAGUAGCUUGUUAAGACUCUUGGGUUGGUCAUUCAGCUCCAGGGCCCUGGCUACUGUCAUUCACCCAGAACUCGAGUUGCCUCUGCCUUGCAUCUCUGUAGUCUUUCCGUGAAUUGAACCUUUACAUUUUGUUGAGCAUGUGAUUGUGGUGCCACGACUUCAUGAACUUCUUGUUUUUGUGAUGAACAUAUAGUAUUACGAGAUUGUCCUUUUCCAAAUUAAUGUGAUGUUGUCCUAGAAAAAGAA